GCCCUCGAGGCCGCCGUGCGCGGCAUCGAGAAAGACGGUCUGGUAUGGGGUGCUUCCAAGUUAGUGCCCGUUGGUUUCGGUGUCAAGAAGCUGCAGAUCAACCUCGUUAUCGAGGACGAGAAGAUCAGCUUGACCGAGCUCGAGGAGGAGAUCCAGGAGUUCGAGGAAUACGUCCAGUCGACGGAUGUUGCCACCAUGCAGAAGCUUUAAGCUCCUGGGGAGGGGCUUUGAUGAUGCUUCUCGGAUAGAAAUGCGAAUGAGGCCUGAGGGCGCGUAAACCGCUCUAGUAACUAUGGGCCCGCCCUUGCACGCGGGAACUGACCUUGCCUCUGGUAUGGCAAAGAAAAAGGAAAAAAAAAAAGAAAAGCAAAGACCAAAAAACAUAGAAAACCAGACAAAAAAAAAGAAAAGAAAAAGGCAACUCCGCCGUUUGCAUCUUGCUACGGCCACCCACCGACCUAUACCUUGUCGUUACUCAUCCCUCGCGGUCACACCUGCGACCGCCGACUUGCCAACAAGCCAGACAGCAAACCGCAGCUUGAGGACCCGAUUAUUUCGCCGGACCUAUGAUAUCAGAACAGCCGUCGCCUCCUUCGAUUUAUUUUCCAUUUUACUUAGCCAUGCGUCAAGCCCUUGCUACCCUCCAUCGAGAAAGAGUCUCUAAUUACAGAGUCACGCAAGCCUCUUGAUCAGCAAGCAUAAUUACCAGUUUCAACGGCCCUUCCAAGCGCAAAGCGC